AUGGCGAAAUCAUCCCGAGAGGCCAAGAAAACAAAGAGAGGGGACUUUACAAUGGCGAAGUGGAGACCAUGCCGUGGCGAAAGUAUCAUGAGAGGAGCACAACCAAGACCGUGGGACUUGGCCGAGACGAAACCAAAACUCAAACAUGCCAAGGGGAGCGAGUUCAUUCAGGAAUUUACCUUUGUGGUUAAGCACCGCCCACGGAUAGAGAACAAGGUAGCUGAUGCUCUUAGCUGGAGAAUCCACAUUUUGAACACCUUAACAGUUAAUGUUGUGGGAUUUGAUAGGCUCAAGGACAAGUACACUUCGUGUCUUGACUUUGGCAUCAUUUAUGAUAAGGUUAAAGAUAGCAACCACCAAGCUCAUGUGAAUUUCCUGAUCAAUGAUGGCUACCUAUUCUGUGGGUCUAAGUUGUGUAUUCCCCACAUGUCACUAUACAAUUUUCUCAUUUGGGAAUUAUAUGCGGGAGGGCUAGCCGGACACUUCGGCAUUCAGAAGACUACGGUUAUGGUUGAAGACAGGUUCUACUAG